UUUUCCUUACGUCAUAAUUUUCUGCGAAAAAUUGAUUUGCAUUUGUGCGUGAGAUAUUUGUGUACACGUGUGUUUGAUUUCGUUUGAAAGUUAAAAACUUAUGGAAUGGAUGCCGAACUUGAGGAUUUGGAAAGUAUCAUCUCAGACCACUUUGGUCGUACCCCGGCGAGUACACCCGUUUGUUCCCAGACAUUUGAGGCGAGUGACGAGAGCGACGUGGAUAUUACCAGCUACGCCUACAUUUGUCAGGGUCGUGUGAGGUCUAUGGUGAGUGAAAAUAUUGAUGCGAGUGAUGACAACGAUAACGACAACGAAGCCGAUCAAAUCCAUGGUCGAUCACUGUCAGAAGAUGAAAACCAUGCUCACAACGUAACAAGCGCUGGCGUACAUGAACAAGGAGAGUGUGACCCUGAAAGGUUAGCUGUAGAGCAUUUCAUGAAGGGAUGUGGAUGUGGCAGGCAUUGUCAAAAGAACUUCACGCCAUCUUCGGUGUAUCAGUCUAUUUAAGACAUGCGUGAGAAGAGUAAAGAUGA